UUCCCUUCUCUCUUUCUCUUUCUCCCCCACCGCGCGUGUAUUCACGCACGCCCAAACCUCAUCAUCCCAACCCAAUUCCCACACGCCUGCUGCCGCCGACCCAAAUCUAGUAGCACGGCCAUCGCGGCUUCUGAGGCGGCAGCAGCGCUUCCGGCGAUGGCCUCCUCCAACUCCAGCUCCGCCGCCGCAGCCACGGCCGCUGAUGGGGGCGACGACCUCGAUCAGCUCCUCGACAGCGCGCUCGACGACUUCACCAGCCUCGAUCUCUCCGCCUCCGCCGCUCCGAAAAGCAGCGGCAGCGAGGCCUCCGCGUCGGCGUCGGGGUCAGGUGCCAAGGGGCCGGUGCUUGGGCUGGGGCUGGGGCUGCCUGACCCCAAGGCCCCGAAGCGGCGCGGGGCACAGCCGCCGCCCCAGCCGAGGGGCGUGUGCGCGUCUGAGGCGCUCGAGAAGCUCACGCGCGAGACGCGGGAAGCGGUGCGCGGGCUCGAGACGGCCACCGGGGGUGUCCCGUCGUUGGACGACGAGGCCAUGAUGGAGGAGUUCGUCAAGCAGUUCGAGGAGUUCGCAGGGGCGCAGGAUAUGGACUCUAUUGUUGAAACAAUGAUGCAGCAACUUUUGUCCAAGGAAAUUCUUCAUGAGCCUAUGAAAGAUAUUGUGGAAAAAUAUCCAAAAUGGCUGGAGGAUAACAAAGAUAAAAUAAGCAAAGAAGAAUAUGAGCGUUACAACAAUCAGCUCGAACUCAUGGUGAAGCUUAUUGAGGUCUAUGAAAAUGAUCCUGAGAACAUGACUAAGAUUUUUGACAUCAUGCAAAACAUGCAAGAAUGUGGUCAGCCCCCCAGUGAUCUUGUUCAAGAUAUUGUACCUGAUCUGGACCUGAGCAAGUUGGGACAGCUGUCUCCUGAGAUGCUUGAAUCAGCGCCAAAUUGUUGUGUAAUGUGAUGAAUGAAGAAUUCUAUUUUGGAUGCAAAUUCCAUGGAGGUUUUUUUUUUUUUACAUCUACGAGCCCCCCUUUGGCUUCUGUAGCUUGAAGAUAAUUUUCAUCUGGAUAAUGUGUAAAGCCUCACAGUUGUAUAAUGAUUUAAGUGUUAUUUAUAUGAUUCUUAAGUGGAAGCUAUAUUCUUUCCCGUCGAUGUACUGUAAUACCCCCUCCGCGCCUACCAAGUUGAAAUUUGUUGAUAA